AUGAAACCUUUUUACUCGAGAACUAGGCUAUCGCCCGUAUCUCUUGUUGUGUUACUACUUUCAUUUGUGACCGCUGUAACUGCAGCUGUCAUCGGUAUUGAUUAUGGUCAGCAACACAUCAAAGCCAUGGUAGUAUCACCCCAGGCUCCUCUUGAAAUUGUCCUUACCCCAGAGGCCAAGAGGAAAGAUAUCUCCGGACUCACUAUUAAGAAACUACCCGAUGGAGGCAUAGAGAGAGUUUACGGUGCUGCAGUGGGAUCUCUAGCCACUAGGUUCCCAAAGGAUACAUUACUUCAUUUGAAACCUCUACUGGGUAAAUCUUUGGAUGAUGAAGACGUUGUGUUGACCUAUUUGAAGGAACACCCAGGUCUUAAUAUUACAACGACCGAGAGAAAUACGUUGGCAUUUAACAUUGAAGGGACUGAGUAUCCAAUUGAGGAAGUUAUCGCUAUGAACUUGCAAGAAAUAGUUUGUAGAGGGAAUGGCAUGUUAAAUGAGAAGGACGCAAGAACUGUUGAUUACGUUGAUAAAAUGGCUAUCACUGUUCCAGAUUUCUUUGACCAACACCAGAGAAAGGCGUUGGAAAAUGUUGGAGAUUUGGUCUCUGGUGUGCAAGGAACUGUUUUAGUUAAUGGAGGUAUUUCCAUUGCCAUUGAUUAUGCAUUGAAACAAAGAGAUCUUGAAUUUGAUGUGCCACAGUAUAACAUAAUUUACGAUAUGGGGAGCGGAUCAACUGAAGCAUCUCUAUUUUCCUUCGUUAGAUCAUCUAACGAAUCAGAACCUUUGAAGAUUGAAUUGGGUGGGUACGGUUACACAGCAAAGAUUGGGGGCUCGAGCUUCAAUAUGGCUGUGGCAAGCUUAAUUGAAAAUAAGUUUUUGAGCAAACACCCAAAGAUAAGAACUGAUGAAUUACAUGCUAAUGCUAAGGCUAUUGCAAAGAUAAAUCAAAUUGCAGAAAAAACUAAAUUGAUCCUAAGUGCAAACAAUGACGCUUCAGUAACCAUUGAAUCAUUAAUUGAUGAUAUUGAUUUUAAGACCUCCGUGUCAAGACAAGAACUAGAAGACUACAUGCAAGAUCAUGUAACACAAUUUAUUGAACCAAUUCAAGAAGCACUCGACGAGCAAUUUUGGGAAGAUGGAUCACAUAUUGACUUGAAAGAUGUUGCAUCUAUCAUCCUUCAUGGUGGAUCCACUCGUGUUCCUCUUGUUCAACAAGAGUUGAUAAAAUUUUUAGGUGAGGUAAAGAUUGCUAAAAAUAUUAAUGCUGAUGAAGCUUCAGUCAAUGGUGCUGUUCUCAGAGGUAUUAAAUUAUUCGAUGCAUUCAAGACCAAACCUUUAAAUAUCAUUGAACGUUCAAUUUCCAACUAUGGUAUUAAGAUAUCUUCUGAUGGUGAUCGAAAGACAAUCUUUUCUAAAGGGGAUGUAUAUCCUCAGAUCAAAACAAUUGAAUUCAAUUCAACAACGGUAGAACAACCUUUCAGUAUUGAUCUUUAUGAAAAUGAUUUACUAUUUGGUAAUGCUAGUAUCGCCACGGAGUCAAUCGAAAAACAGUACACUUCAAAGAAAUGUCAAUUUGGUGUUGUUUAUAAUGCUACCUUUUCUCUUUCUGUCAACAGAGUUUUUGCUCUUGAUAAAAUUGAAGCUGUCUGUGUAAAGCAACUUGGUGAUGAAGAGGAAGCUGAAGGCCUAAUGGGUAAAUUGUUUGGAUCUAAGAAAAAUGGAACUAAGCAAGGCUCAGAUGAUAAGCCAAAGGUUUUGAAAAAUUAUAACCCAACCACUAAUUUGCCAAUUACUUAUCAAGAUGUAGGAAUUACCCAUCUAAAUGGCACGGAAAAAUACCAAAUUAGAAAAUUCAUAAGGGAUCUUGAGGAAAAGGACCAACAAAGAUUUGAUUUACAAGAGUCCAAGAACUUAUUAGAGAGCAGCUUGUAUAGUGCCCGGAAUUUUCUUGACGAGGAUGAAGUCAUCUCUAAUGGUCCCAAGGCACAAGUUGAAAAAUUGGUGGCUUUAGUAUCAAAAUACUUGGAGUGGUUGGAAGAAGAUUCUGAUCAUGCAGUAAAGACUGCUGUGGAAGAAAUGACACGCGAAAUUGAUGAUUUGAAGAAUAAGAUUGAAAUGUAUUUAAAGACCUCAAAAGAGCCAUUAGACGAAGAACAAUUUGAAGAAUUAAUGGAAAAGGCUUCUUCGAUAUAUAACGCUACUUUGAUCCAGUACAAAACUGUUGAAGAAAAUUUGAAGAACUUAGAAGCAAUUAUUCCUCCUGAAAUGUUUGAUGUCAGAGAAGCAUAUGUUAACGUGACUUUACCUACUUCAAUGUCGAGAGCAAGUUCAGAAUGGAAUAAGACGUUCACUAAGUUCAAUGAAACAGUUCAAUUGAUAAGUGAUCUUCUGGAUUCUGAUUCAUUUGAAGACAUUGAACGUGAAGAACUAUACGAACUAAAGUUAGCAUUUGACGCUGUCUACGAAAAUAUAGGGAAGCAAAUCGUUACAUUAUAUACUUCCAACCAAUACCGUUACAAUGAGGUAAAUGCUCUCUAUCAAAGAAAACUACGUGCUCAGAGGAGAAAGGAGGCAAAAGCAAAGAGCAGUCUAGAAAAGGCAAAGUCAUUGAAUGCAACCUCAACUCAGUCUCUCUCUGAGCCAGUUAUUUCAGAAGCGACAACUUUGAAUAGCACCACAUCCAGAACCUCCCAAACCAAUUCGACAACAUCAGCGUCAACAGUAACAACAACGACGCAAUCAAACAGAUCAUCCGCAUCAUCCUCAGAAAGUGCCACAUCUUCUAAGGGGAAGAAAUCUAGAAAACAAAAAUUAAAGCAAAAACAGAAACAGAAAAAGAGAACGAGAUCAUCCAAGAACAAGAGCUCGAUGAAUAAAUCUUCCAGUACAUCUGCCCCUUCACAUGAUGAGUUGUGA